UCCCACUCUCUCUCUCUAAUAAACACAUCCCCGCACGCAUCCGCCUGCAAAAAAACAGAGGACACAGAGUGGUCGAUAGACGCCUAAACCUAAAAGGAGGACACAUUUAUAAUCUUAUCUCGGGGGAAAAAAGGUGAUGGCAGUGGCAGUCUCUAGGGAUCUGACGGUCCAGGUGCUGCAGGACACCAACGCUGCCAAGCUGAAUGAUACACAGCAGGCUCUGCGCGCUGCUAUCCAGAGAGGAGAGCCCAAAUCUUUGGGGGUGAGUCAGAUUAUGCUGGGGCUGAUGAUCAUGUCCUACUCCAUCCCUCUUCACUUGACCGAGAUCACUGAGGUGGUCCGCUUGGGAGUUCCUUGGUGGAGCGGGCUGACGUUCAUGACAGCAGGAGUGAUUGCAGUCAUCUUGGACAAACGCUGCACCAUGAGGACUCUGUGGGUGUGUUUGAUAGUGAGCAUGGUGUCCACUGUGCUGUCAGUGGUGGCUUUAAUCAUCUACUCUGUGGACAUGCACAAAAAUCCCGAUGUACCCUGCAUCAAGACGGAGCAUGACACCUGUCCCGAAAUACACUACGCCACGAAGCUGAGCAGAGGAUUGAAGACAUCCCUCCUUGUCUUCAGUCUGGCAGAGGCAGUCAUCUCUGCUAUUCUAAGCUUCCUUCUCUUCAGGCAGAGACACAGCUUCGGACAGUACACUUCUCUCGAUCAAGCUGCUUCAUCAAGUUCCACAAUGAUCAAAUCCCCCAACCUGAACUGAUCAGUCACUGGACCAGUAGUCUUUGAUGUGGUGGGUCACUUCUCAUCAACAAGCUUUCACAGAGGAGGCUGGGCUCAAUCGUUCAGAAGUAAUCUGAUUAGACUACAUCAAAUAUUGAAAAAAUGGGUUGUUCAAAAGAAAGGAAAAAGGGAUGUAACUCACUUUUGUUUUUUAACUGGAUCAAACUUUCGGUAUGUGUUUUUUAAAAACGUUUUAGUAGGAUUGGGAUACCUUGAUCCAAAAAAAUCAGGAUUAUCCUGAUCCCAGCAGACAGAUGGAUUCAGGGCGGAUUCCAAGAAUAAAAUGCAGUUUUAUAUUGAUCAAAUAUAUGUACAUUUAUUUAUACUUUGCACUUGAUUGUUUAACCAUCGACAUUAGGCUUCCGUAUUAGCCUUCAGCACUGUAAUGUUAAUAAAAGGCUUUUGUCCCAUAAAGCAGUCCUCCAUAGCUGUCAAUAACAAACAAAAAUACACAAUUUGAACAUGUCUUGGAUAUAUUUAUAUCUCGGUAAAAUAUCUCUCUGUGUUUUUGUAUGCAUUUCAGUAGGCUCAUAUUACAUACCACAGACGUUUCUACUGUUUGUUAAUAAAAACUUUUAUGUCGCUAAUAAUACGAAUCAAAUUACAUAAAUAUAAUAUUGCAUAUAUGCUAUGAUAAAAUCAACUCUAUAAUCCCAAAGAUUUAACUUCUCUGCAAAUCCAGCAUUCAAGCUUUUUGUCUUUCACAAUGAGCCAAUGCAGAAAAAGUCAACUAUGCCCCUCAUCCAGCAGUCAGGUACACUGUUCCCAUGGUGCAAAGUGUCAGAGAUGUAGAAGUUAGUGAUGGGAUUUCUCAUUCACUUGUGAGAGCCAGUUCAAAGAUGCGGUUCGGUCUUUGCUCUGUGUGUGUGUGUGUGUGUGUGUGUGUGUGUGUGUGUGUGUGUGUGUGUGUGUCUGGAUCAAAAUUGGGAUCCCACAUCUGAAGUGGAUUUGACGUAGAUUGACAAAUAGCCUAGGCCUCACUUUUCCCACACAUUAUUGCCCAAGAUUUUCAUCACAUUUAAACAGUCAGCUGAAUGUGCCUUUAGAUUGUGCAAGUGUUUCAGGUCAACUGUAACAACUGAGAAAGCCAUAUACAAAAGAGGAAAAUACCAAGACAGCUUAGUGGCGAAGUUGACUGACCUGUUCGAAGGCAUAUGGCUGAUGAGAGGUCCCACACCCAGAGGACUUCAUUUAAAGGUUUUUGGUAAGACAAACAAAAUAAUUUGGGUUGAGCUACAUACCCCUUAUAAUCAGUUCUUAUUUGAGAAUGAAACAGCCAUUGGCUUAUGAUGUGACCUGUACUGUAAACAUUCAAAGGCUGUGUCCUUGCUGCUGCAGCGGCCACAGGUUCAAUUCCAACCCAUGGCUCUUUGCUGCAUGUCAUCCCCUCUCUCUCUGCCCCUUUCACACUGUAUCUAUGUAAGUAUCUCAGUAUAAAAUAUACUGAAAGAAUGAGCGUAUUAGAAGCAAUAAAAAUGUUUUUUAAAUCUGAUUAUAAGCUCUGAGAUCUGACUAUAAGCCUAUGCAUAUAAUAGUUAAAAAACAUGGAUGUGAAAUGUGAAAUCUGUCUUUUCUUUCAUAAAGGAUGGUCCAGUGUGUUUGAUGCUAAAGGAGACAAGAAAGGAAGCAUUAAAGCACCUUUCCUUGGCAUUUAGAGAAUUCGCACAGCUGUUAUCACAACUGCCACUUAGGUAUUUCGGGGUCAUUCCACUCAGUCGGGAACCUUCCUAAGCCGAAAAGUUUAUUUGACGAUGAAACCUCACUUCUCACUUCACCUCUUUCUUUGAAAAUGUUUUAUGGUGUUGUUGCAGUCUUGUUCAUCUAAGCUUUGGAACAGAUGUGUGUACGGUGCAAAGUGUCCAUGAUCAAUUGCGCUGUUUUUGUUUUUCUGUUUACAGUGUCAUAAAACAUGUGUUCCUUGAUUUUGUCGUCUUUGAUAUACAAAAUAAAAUCUUGUGUAAAUACAA